AGCAAAUUGAACAAGCACAGGCUUUUCUCUUUUGCCUGUCUGCGCUCUAAGCUGCAGCACGUGUGGCCCUCUCUUCUGGAUUCCUGCCUUAUCACUUGUGACCAUCAGUUGAUUGGACAUUGAGAUCCACGCGACUGUCAACACCGGUGGUUUUGUUCUUGACUUUUCUUUUGGGUCGCUUUUUCCUUUCCGCCACUGCCAUUGACAGUAAAACUAGAGGGAAGAGAAGAGACUGACAAGAAAGGACCUCUGUUUGGCAGCAGGAUAUCACAUGUGAGUGUGUUUUUGCCAGCGUGUGAGCAUGAGAGUAACUUCAUCAGGCUGGGAAUAAACCCCAGGAGGCUGAAACAUCAUAACUCCUUUUUUCUGAUCUCGUGCUGAGGGGUUGCAUGUCAGCUGGUGUGGGCUAACAACUGGAGAUAACGACACUCAAGGGCGCGCAGCAUGACCGGCAAACAACAGCCGCUGAUUUGCAGUGAAUGAAAAGUAUCGGAUUGUAAUCAGGAAACCUCCCUCCACUCGGUUAUGCAUAAGUGUUUUUGGAGGACCUGUGGUUUCCCAGAUUGCAGGAUUACCAAAUUGCUCCCUUCGGGUUUGAGAAUCGCGCCUGGAGUCUUCAGGCACAAAGAAACAGAAAAAAGGGAAGGGAAGGGAAAAAAAAAGCUUAUUUAAAUGCUCGUGACACACUGGUGACGUGAAGGAGGUUGGGAGUUUGAGGUUGACCGGGUCAGAGACACAGUCAGAUGUGGGACAUGGCAGGCAAACGGGCAACAAACCGUCCAAUGUCUGAACUUCCUCCUGGAGCUAAUUUACUGCUUCACUUACAAUCUGAUUGGUUGCAUUUCAGCACAUGUGUGCGUUUGUAAGCUGCCGCCACAACAUUUGGACCCUCAUGACCUGCUCUUCAAGUAGAUAUUUCUGCACACAAACUGGAAGGAUUUGCAUCUGAGGAUUUAACAUUUAAACUUUCAAAGCUUUUAUCUGACAUUUCCCCACCAUACUGGACUUUACUUGCCCUGAGUGAGGAUGAAAGGAGACAGGCGAUCCGCUUCCUUCAACAAGGAGAAACCGGCGAGCCUUUCCCGGGCUCUUAGCUGGCUCAGCUUGUCCACCCUGUCCCGUCACAGGAGACGCGAGUACCACAGCCAAAAUGAGCUCCACGUCAUUCACAGCCACCACAAACACUCGGACCCGCGCUCUCGUCUUCACGUGUCACAUGGAGACGAGGACGAGGACGAUGACGAGGACGACUGGGUGUAUCAGCCUCAACACAGAACAGCUGUGUCUAACCUGGACGAGGAGAGCAAGUGGACGGUUCAUUACACAGCCCCGUGGCAUCAGCAGGAGAACGUGUUCCUGCCGGGCAGCAGGCCGCCCUGCGUAGAGGACCUCCACCGCCAGGCCAAGGUCAAUCUCAAGACUGCCCUGCGAGAAUGUGACAAGUUGAGGAAAGAUGGUUUCCGGAGCUCUCAGUACUACUCUCAGGGUCCCACCUUUUCUGAUCCCUUACAGUCCACCGGCAGCCUGCAGGAUGAUGAGGACGAUGAAAUUGACCGGCAGUCCACAGCUUCAUCGAUGGAAGAUGACAAGUCUCAGCUCUCCAUGAGGUCUCAGACGCCGCAGCGAGGGGGUGAGGCGGGUGAGGUGUCAGAAGUUGACGGACAGCUGGCAUGGAACAAGGCCAUGCCCCUCCCCACCCCGGAGGAGAGGAUGAGGCAGGCGGCUCAGGCCGUGCCCACGGCCAUCGUCGCCAUCAACGUCACAGGGGCAGUGUUUGACCGCCAGGCCAGCAUCCGGCGCUCCCUCAUUAACACUGACACCGUGUCCCGCCGGCCCAAGAAGGUCAAACGCAGAAAGACUAUAUCAGGGCUGCCUGACAACAUCAACCAGGAGCUAGCAGCAAAAGGACGGGGUGGAGAGCUUCGGCCGCAUUCCAUGUUCAUCCCGGGACAAUACUCGACUUUGGGCCGAGUUGGAAGUGUCAAUUCAUCGCUCCGCUCUGAGACCAGAGACUCCAGCUGCCAGACAGAAGAAGUGAAGGUCGUCCCGCCAUCCAUGAGGAGAAUCCGGGCGCAGAGAGGCCAGGGCAUCGCGGCCCAGAUGGCCGGCAUCUCUGCUUCCUCCUCCACGGGAAGCAUCUCCAUAUCCAGCAGCGACAGCUCUGGGAUCUUGAUGUUACCGCAUCAGUUUAACGGGGACCCUUCCCGUUUUCACAGCCUGCCCCGACAAGGUGCCCGGGUUUCCCUCAGUGCUGAUCCCAUCUACAGCAGCACGCCCAUCAAGUCGGAGCAGGAGCCUCAGAGACACGUGGGCAAGUUUAAGGUUGACGACACAGCGGUGCACCUGAGAAACGCCCCGAGGACCAGCACCUUGCCCCGGCCCAAGUCUCAGGAGGUCAAAAGGACUCAGUCCAGCGAGUGGGGCGGUGGUCCGGCAUGUGUCGUCUCCCCUCACGCUGCCUAUUCCACCUCUUACAUUCCCAACGCCACCCUUUCCAGCUCCGCCGACGUCAUUGCCCUUAACAAGUGCGGCCUUUUACCCCAGUCGCCGGUCUCAGCUUACGGCUCGGUUCGACCGCAGAAUCAGACUUCCUCUACCAACGCCGAGCAGAGUUCAGCUGCCUUCGCCCACAGCUCCACCUCCCCGGCCCCGGCCACUUCUACCCCGAAACACGCGCCGCAGGAGAACGGUCUGGUGAUGCCGGGGCCCGCUAGCGAGUCGGGUCACUCGGACAGCAGCGUCCACAGUCGCAGCACGCUGGCUCCCACGCCGCCGUCCUGUCCGCCGGAGGAGCAGUGGAUUUACGACACGCCGGAGAACGUGGUGGUUCCUCACCGCGCUCUGACCUCCAGCUGCUCCACUCCCAUCAACCAGCUGUACAGCAGCCUGGACCUCUCCUCCAGGACCACCACCGACUCCAGCUCCGUCUAUUCCCAGGACAACGACGGAUACUACACCUCCAUGCACGUGGACUCGGGCCUGCGCUCCCGGAGCCACGGCAGCGGGCACGGGGCGACGGCCGGACGGGCCGCCAGACACAGCAUGUACGAGUGCCGCGAGAUGGCCAAUCAGGAAGACUCGGCGAGUCUGUACAGCGACCGCUCUCUGUCCCGCAGCAUCUCUCUUCGCAAGUCUAAGAAGCCUCCGCCACCGCCAGCUCGGACGGAUUCACUGAGACGCAAGCCCGGAGGGAAGAAGCCCCUGGGCGGUGUGAGCGCCGUCAGCGGUGCCAACGAGCAGAACGGCACCAUGCUCAAUGAAACUCUCAUCGCCAGCUUGCAGCAGAGUCUCCAGAUGGGGUUGAGAGGAGGGAAGGGAGGCGCCUCGCUGUCCUCACCCUCCCACAGCCCGAGCAGCGACUACGAUGACCCCUGGGUGCUCCGGCCGCGCAGCCAGAGCAGCAUCAGUGCAGGGAGCUCUGCGGCGUCGCUGGUGGCUAACACCAACUCUGGUGUGACUAACGUGUACUCGUUGUGCCACGUGACGCCGGCUCACAGCGACACCAGCAGCCUGCGCUCCGACUACGCCGACUCCUGGCCGUACUGCAUGGACUACCCUCGCAGCAACGGGGACCAGCGGGCGCAGACGCCUCCCGCUUACCUCACGGACAACAUGUCGGCCGGGGUCCACCGAGGAGUCCUGCAGAACGGAGGAGAGAUUCACAACAACAGUCAGACCGCCGGAGCUCCGGACCAGGUGGGAGGCGUGUCGGCCAAGCCCAAAGCGUCCAGCUCCUCCCCGGACCGGGUGCACCGGCUCACGUCCCCCUCCAGCGGCUACUCCAGUCAGUCCAACACUCCCACGGCCGGCACCCCGGUGCCGGCGUUCGUCAGGUCCAUGUCUCCAUCGGGCAGCCGGUCCAAGCCCAAAGUGCCGGAGAGGAAGUCGUCUCUCCUUUCCUCGGUUUCCAUCUCCUCCUCCUCCACCUCCCUCUCCUCCAACACGUCAGACUCUCUGAAGAGCUCGGGUCCUCCUCCACCGCCGCCUCAGGUGUCCUCUUCUGCCCCCAACACCCCUCUCAGCCCUCCUCCCCCCUUCCCUCCCCCUCCACCACCCAGUGUCCCCGCAGCGUUCCCCUCUCCCCCGCCCCCUCCCCCUCCACCCUUACCAAACACUCCCCAGCAUCCCUCCUUCAGCCUCCUCCCCGGUUUCUCCACUUCCCCAGAGUUCCCUCCCCCUCCAUCUCCCGACAUGCUGAUCCCCCCCAGCUCAUCCUUCAACAGCAGCCUCAGCCCUCCCCCUCCGCCUCCCCCGGAGCUGGGCCCCCCUCCGCCUCCUCCACUGCCAGCUUUUGUCCCAGCUUCUUUCUCCUCUUAUAUUAAAAAAACAGCCAAAGAGGCCUCUAAACCAGCUCCUUCUAGCAGCCCUACCAAGUCACCUAAGCCUCUUAUUACCCCUUUUGCACUACAGAGUGUUCAGCUCCGUUCAGUUAAGCGACCAGAGACGGAGAUGGACCACAUAAAAGCUCACGACAUGGGGUUGGACCUCCUUCAGGGGCUGAAACCUCACACCCUGGAUUUAUCUAACACGCAGGAGAAUCCCACCGUGUUACCUGUGAUGAAUAUCUCUCUAGAACAGGAUCUGCAUCGCUCCUCACCAUCACCUGUGUCAAAGUUUUUGGAGGAGUUGACACUAGACUGCAGUAUCACAGAUGAAACACAAGAUAGCGCUGUGAUCAAUGGAAACUAUGGGGACCAGAGUUACUUUGUUCUUCAAGGAGAAGAUAAUAAUGAGGACGGUACUCCGAGGAGCUGUGAAAGCUCCCCGAUCAAACAGAAGCCCCCAGCAGUGUCCAAGAAACCCAAACUUCCCCUGGUCACGCCUUAUAACCUCCAACCGGUCCCACCGUCGCACACAGACGCAGCCUGUCUGUCCCGGACGGAGGACCAAGUAGAUGCACUUCCAACACUGAGGAGAGAGGAUGAGAGGGAGAAGAAACGUGAGCAGCAGGAGGAUGAUGCUUCGGAGAGCUCUGAGACGUUAGAGAGCAGUGAGGCGUCCACUGAAGUCCAGGAUGAGUCCUGCAUUUCAGCCUCUGCCAGCCAGGAGACGGGUUUGGACCAGGACAUUUGCACUAAUGGACAGGAAGAAGACGAGGAUGAGGAAGAGGACGAGGAGGGAGAUGAAACGAGCAGCAUCGAAGGGUCCGCCAGUCCCAAGGAAAAUGAAACAGGUGAGGUUUUUGAAUCCAGUGCGUCUGAAUCGUCUCCAACAUCGUCAGUCAACGGGGAGAACAUGGUGACCCCGACGCCGACCCGGCCGCGAACAACCGAGGACCUCUUUGCCGUCAUACACAGGUCAAAGCGAAAGAUCCUGGGUCGGAAGGAGUCGGAUGAAGAGAAGUCCCGGGGCGGGGGUCUUCCGCAGUCUCCUCCUUCAACCCCCACGGCCACGUCUCCAGGGUCGGCGUCAUCGCUGCCCCGGCAGAUGGGCUCCAUUCAGCGCAACCUCCGCAAGUCGUCCACCAGCAGCGACAGCUUCAAGGCCCUCCUUCUCAAAAAGGGAAGCCGCUGUGAAACCAGCUUCAGGAUGUCUGCAACUGAGAUGCUCCGCACGACCGACCCCCGUUCCCAGAGAACUCGCUCCGAGUCCUCGUUAGACGCUGCUUCGCCUUCCUCGUCAGCAGCACCUAACAGCCCCUCCAGCCCUCUCGGCCGCGGCAAGAGGACGACGGACGAGUGGAGCCGCUACGAGGCCUUCGCCUUCUCCUCGCCCACCUUAUCGCCCUUCUCAAUGAGCGGGUCAAAGUACGGACGGUCUCGAACGCCACCCUCGGCCGCCAGCAGCAAGUACAACGCUCGCUGCCGGAUCCUCAGCAGCCCCAUGACGGUGAUCUGUGAGCGCGAGGGGGAGCUGGCGGAGAGCGAGUACGGGGACACUGCUGACAGUCCGUCUGAACCGGCGCUCCAGACUCUCACUGCGCUCAGAGACUCUAAUGGCACUUAAUCCAGCGAAAGAACACACAAGCCCAUUUUUAAAUUCAUGGAGCUGAAUUCACGCAUUGUAACCAGGCGGGGGGCUGGAAGAGGAGCCGGUAGAGGCCGUGGAGAUGCAUUUCUGAGCCCCAGCCCCCUCUGCGCUGCCCCUGAAAGGCUGGACAUGUGGGGUCCUGAUGCGAGACCAGCAGCCGCCUCAUCAUGGACCAUCUAGAGAGAACUGGUUCUU